GAUCAUGGAUUUUAGGCAGGUGUAUGUGGACAAUUUGAUGGUCGGAUCAGCAGCAGCUUCUCUAAAGAACAGAGGCUUGCUAUGAGCACCUACCAAUGCCUUGCUAUGGCUCAGCACCAUUUUACAUUGUCUGACCGACUUAUUAGAGCCAUUAGUGGUUGGACCCUGUCGCCUAAGGAUUCUGUAGAGUCUGUACUCGCUGAGGGAGCAGAUGUCAAUCAGAUGCAUGGCACCCUUCUACCUCUACACUGUGCUUGCAUGACUGGAGAUGAUUACUAUGUCAAGCUUUUCCUGAAUCAUGGUGCAGAGGUGAAUGCUGUUGAUGGAUAUGGUCGGGCUGCUAUCCAUUAUGCUGCUGAACAAGAUGAAGACUGCUUAACACUUCUCCUGGAAUCGGGUGCUGACCCCAAUGCUCUUAACACCAAUGGUGAGACUGCUAUUCACUGGGCUUCCUUUCGCAAUAAGGUUGAAUGUGUGCAAGCUCUGCUCACAAGAAAUGCCCUUAUCAACUUAUCAGAUAUCCAUGGCAAUACCCCACUCAACUGGGCAGCCAUGAAAGGAAACUAUGAGUGUGUGCGCUUGCUACUGGAGUACGGUGUUGAGACCCACACGCUAAGUAUUGACGGAGUAUCCCCCAUCUCUCGAGUUGCCUGCUUGAUCGCAGCUGGGCUUGAUGUUGAAGAGGAUGAACAAUGCCUAGAUUUACUCAUCAAUGCUUCGGGUCAGUUUGACAUCAGAGACGAAGAUGGCAUGAUCCCCACAUCCAUCACAAAUGACACGGCCUUGUACAAUAUGCUACAGCAGUUUUGCUGCCAACCCCGGUCAUUGCGCCAACAGUGUCGUUACACGAUUCGGCAUCACCUCAACAACACAUCUUCCUGCCUCUGUUAAACUAUUACCACUUCCAGCACCAUUACAGAGAUAUUUACUACUACAAACGUGAUCCUACCAUAUUUUAGAGGGGGCAUAUUGUCAACAUCUUAUUCUCUUGUUAGUCACAUAUUUGUAAAGUUAUUCAAACAGUCAUGUAAGUUGGCUUCUUCAAGGACAGUCCACCUCCUAUUUUUGUUCAAAUCCUGCUCUUUUUUAAUGCAUAAUUUAAUUUAAAAAAUGGCUUGUCCAAAUGUAAUAAAAUUUUGUACAAUGAUAGGUA